GGUGGAGGUGGAGGUGGGGGGUGGGUUGGUGACAGUGUUUAAGUAGCUUGCACCAUUUUCCUCCCAUCAUUCACCCUCAUUUCCUCUGCUACCAUGGAGCUGAAACUUGGGUUUGUGAUCGUCUGCUUGUGGGCGCUAACCAUCAACCACAGUGACGCUGGCAUCCCAAAAUGCUGUAUGGUAACAAAAAAGGACAUCCCUUUGCGCAUUCUGAUGAAGGUACACAGAUGGGAUAUGCAGCUAGCCAGUAGCGGAGUCUGUGAUAUUUCUGCUCUGAUACUUCAUGUGAAGGACAUGAGGAGGCCCAUAUGUGCCCACCCAAAGCUGAAGAAGACUCUGAUGCUCAUUCAGCGAAGGAAGAGAUGGAGCCAGAGCCAAUCAACAACUCUCUGAGAUGUGAAAUGACAAACCUCUCCCUCCCGUGUAGUUGUACUGCAUGUCAAAGACUUUCAAGAGCUUGUACAGUAAAGUAGCUCUAAUGUUUCUCAGAUUGUUUUCUUUUAUC